AUGAAGAUGAUCACAGAAAAUUUUGUUUUGCUUGUCAGAAAGAGAGCAGGAUCUUGCAGACAGGCCUUAACGUCUCUGCUGUCAUACCUCUGGGAAGUUUACUCGGCACCUUCUCCUGCAGGCAGGGACAUCCUCACUCUGCUGUCUCUCUGUUUCACACUUGCCUGUGUUACUGGUGGCUUGCUUCACCACUGGCUGUCAAAGAGUCUGAGAUAUGAUUACGAAGCGUCGGUUCAAACUGUCAGUAUCUACAGCGUGAGCAUGUUUCUGGUCUCCUUCCUGUGUCAUCCCCUGCGCUGUGUGCUAACAAUGAUUCUUCCUACAGUCUGCACCAAACAAGGACGGAAACUCCUCAUCACGGCCUCUGUCAUGAUUUUGGUGCUGAAUGUCAUCCCUAAUAUCACAGUAAAUGUGGGAGCAGUGGCACGCAUCCUGAAAUGCACUGCUGAGGGUUUUGCAAAGACUUUAUUAAACUCAUCUGAACCUUUGAACAAAGCCAAGACAGACCUUGUUGAAGAAGCCAUCAAAGUAAAGUGGGAGGACUUGAGCAUUGUUACCAACUUAAGGACUUUGGAUCAUUACACACAUAUUGAUGUGUCAGAUGUCAAAAGCAUGUUUACUAAGAUAAUUGGGAAGAUAGAGGUCAACUUCUCACAUGCCAGGAACCUCCUCAGAGAAUACAAACUGCUGUCAAACCGGAUUCUUGCUGCCGUCUUUGUUGCACUGCUGAUCGCUGAGUCUGCACGCUACUUGAAAUCUUAUCUGACAUCAGUUCAUUUUGAUAAUGGGUACAUCUCCAAAGAGCUCUUGCAAAAAAUGCCAGUUAAUGAAAGGCCAGCUAAAAAUAAAAUCAAUCUUGAAAACUGUAAAGUAAUAAGUCAGGAAUGUUCCUCUUGUUUCCUAUCACUGAUUGUGGUAACUUUAUAUUUCAUUGCAAUAACCCUAAUAGUAGUUUUGGAUCAUGUUGUGUACUACAUAGUUCAGAUGAUUGUGCCAUGGUUGCUGGAUUUUCCACCUACAUCUGCUGUUAUAAGUGUCAAUUAUAAGGUUCAGUGGUUCCCCCCUGCGUUUUGUAUUAUCCCACAAUCCUGCAUCAAACGGGAGCUGGUAAACUUCCACAGGGAUUACAAGUGGAAUUUCAGCCCUGGGCCAUCUCUCUGUGAUGUGACAACUUCAGCUCCAAACCUGGGAGUCACACUCCUGCUGGGAUGUCUCUGGCUGAUGAGCUACUUUCUGGUUUUCCUCGAGGUUUACGCAAGGCGGUUACGCAGAAAAAUCUCUGCAUCCUUCUUCAGAAAGCAGGAGGAGAAGAGAAUAGCUUACUUGAUGAGGAAAAUGCAUGUGAAGCAAAAUAAAAAACACAGAAAAGGGCACAUUUCUGUUCAUGUGCAAGUUUGA